CAGCCGGUGGGAAAUGAUAGCACGGGGGUAGAAUUUAAACUGAAGUGUUCGGGUUCGGAGAGGAGGUGCUCGGCUGUGUUUCCUUCAAUGAAUAGACCGAGGAAGUUGCAGUCACGAGCGAACCUGCGAAUAGGAACAGGUUACGAGGGGACAGAAUCUGUAAAUUUAGCUCGAAACAGCCUGCUGAAACGGGACAUUAGCCUACGUCUAAACGAUUCCCUCCGCUAUUGCCGAUGACUAAACAAAUUUUAAGGAGGCAGAGUUGAAAAGUUUAUGGCCCCCCCUCCCCCAUCCAUUAUCCAAGCGGAAAUGCUGAACGUGGCUCACCGCCUGCGCUUCGGAGGCGCGGAGAUGUCCAAGAAGAUCCAGGCCGGCUCGGUGGUGGAGAUGCAGGGAGACGAGAUGACCAGAGUCAUCUGGGAGCUCAUCAAGGAGAAGCUCAUCUUCCCUUACGUCGAAAUGGACCUGCACAGCUUCGACCUGGGCAUGGAGAACCGUGACGCCACGGACGACCGGGUGACGGUGGAGGCGGCGGAGGCGGUGCGGCGCCACAGCGUGGGCAUCAAGUGCGCCACCAUCACGCCCGACGAGAAGCGCGUGGAGGAGUUCGGGCUGAAGCAGAUGUGGAAGUCGCCCAACGGCACCAUCCGCAACAUCCUGGGCGGGACGGUGUUCCGCGAGGCCAUCAUCUGCAAGAACAUCCCCCGCCUGGUGCCCGGCUGGCUAAAGCCCAUCAUCAUCGGCAGACACGCCCACGGGGACCAGUACAAGGCCACGGACUUCGUGGUGCCCGGCCCGGGGAGGGUGGAGAUGACCUACACCCCCAAGAGCGGCGAGCCCGUCACCUACGUCAUCCACGACUUCGAAGGCACCGGGGGCGUGGCUCUGGGGAUGUACAACACGGACCGGUCCAUCCGGGACUUCGCCCACAGCUCCUUCCAGAUGGGCCUGACCAAGGGCUGGCCGCUCUACCUCAGCACCAAGAACACCAUCCUGAAGAAGUACGACGGCCGCUUCAAGGACAUCUUCCAGGAGAUCUACGAGAAGGAGUACUGUGCUAAGUUUGAGGAGAAGGGCAUCUGGUACGAACACAGGCUGAUCGAUGACAUGGUGGCCCAGGCCAUGAAGUCGGAGGGCGGCUUCAUCUGGGCCUGCAAGAACUACGACGGGGACGUGCAGUCCGACUCCGUGGCCCAGGGGUACGGGUCUCUGGGCAUGAUGACCAGCGUGCUGAUCUGUCCCGACGGCAGAACUGUGGAGGCUGAGGCGGCCCACGGCACCGUCACCCGCCACUACCGCCAACAUCAGCAGGGCAAGGAGACCUCCACCAACCCCAUCGCGUCCAUCUUUGCGUGGACCCGGGGCCUGGCCCACCGCGCGGAGCUGGACGGGAACGCGGAGCUGCGCGUGUUCGCCCAGGCUCUGGAGGCCGUCUGCAUCGAGACCAUCGAGGCCGGCUCCAUGACCAAGGACCUGGCUGCCUGCAUCAAGGGCCUGCCCAAUGUCACGCGUUCAGAUUAUCUGAACACCUUUGAAUUCUUGGACAAGCUGGCGGAGAACCUGAAGAUUAAACUGUCGAGCCACCCCAAACUGUGAUUCCUUUCCACACGUCUUACACUGGCACACACACACACACACACACGUGCACACACACACACACACACAGUCACAAACGAAUUGACACCGCAGCAUUCUCAACACCUGCUGGCCCCUUCAAUCCAGGACUUUGACUGGCAUCAGACUGCAGUGGACCUGUUCCGUCCCAGACCAGAAGCUCAGAGCAGCUCUCCAGUGAGAACCCGGACCCCCGGACCCCCCUCCCUCCCUCCCUCUGGGACAGGGCGUGUACAGCAGGGUGGACAGCACGGCCUGUGUAUUGCAGAAGCAUGGCCUGGCUGCCUAAAACACCGUCCCUGGAAAGGUUCUAGAGCAGUCUGCAGACGCUUGCAUUCACCGCCAUUUGCAUUAGCGGCUCCUGGCUGUGACUGUGAGGACUAUCGCUGUAGUAUCCCGUUACCUCUUUUUGUAUUUUUUUGUUGUGACUACUGGUGUGUUAUGUAAAAUGUGCCCCCCCACCUCACUGAAGCAGGACUGUAUCUGUACACACAAAAAAGAAUUGUCUCUUUUUUACAUAACAGCUGACUGUUUUAUUAUUUGUUAACCUUUUGAGCUGGAAGGUCACAUGUAUGUGAUUGGAAUGUUCUUAACUGAACAUUCUACUGCUGAUGUCGCAAUCACCACUGGUGAUUGAAAGCAGUGGAGUUCUAGAACACUGACUUAGAAUUUUGAAGAACAAAAA